AUGAUCACCACGAACACCCGUCGCUUAUUGACCCGAUGGCUUCUUUUGAUGGGAAGCUUAGUUGUGGGGAUUUCUGGGGAAGAAAUGAUUAUCGUCACAGUCAAGACUACCGUCCAAGCAGCGAAGACUGUCUAUGAGACGCCAACUAUCCCCAGUCCGGCCUCCUAUACCUCGCUUUCAGAUUUCAAAGAAACCGUUCUGCAGGUCAGCAAUGAAUAUCGCGGGAUCCACGAAGCAGAUGAGGUAGUAUGGAAUGAGACGCUGGUGAAAUACGCUCAAAGUUGGGCGGAGACUUGCAUCUGGAAACACUCGGAUGGUCCCUAUGGUGAAAACCUCGCAUUCGGAUACCCCAAUGCUACUGCUGCGGUGGAAGCUUGGGGUGAUGAGGGGAGAUUGUACAAUUUCAAAAAACCAACCGGGUUUACCGAGGCGACAGGCCACUUCACACAACUGGUGUGGAAGUCUACAGAAGAGGUGGGAUGUGCGGCCGUGAACUGUGGAUAUACUGAGGACUUUUCUAAAGUGCGACGGGAGGGAGACGGCCUGGUUUCACGGACGGCUGCAGAUGGUAGCUCGAGGGCGCAGGGCUGGUACGUUGUGUGUGAGUACACGCCGCCGGGUAAUGUAGUGGGAGACCAUGACGAAUACUUCAAGAAGAAUGUGUGGCCGAGCACUUCAAAGACAAAAUCCAAUGCAUCAACCACCGGAUCAACGUCCACAAAUGGCACGGCAUCUACGGCCACGAGUCAACCAAGUGGAGGUGCAAGUAUGCAGAAUAGCGUGGAAUCCACGGUGGGAAUGAUGUUUCUAGCCCUUGGGGUGGUAGGGGCGGGGAUGAGCCUGUACACAUAA